AUGGAUCCCACCGGGGACAUGGCUGAAUUUCGCAUCCGCAACUUGAGCCGGACAGAUGCAGGGAACUACAGCUGCCAAUGUGGCGCCCGGGGGGACCCAAACAUCUGGUCAGAGCCCAGCAACCCCGUGGAGUGUCCUGGCUCCCAGGUGGGGAUGUGGAGGGUUCAGGACGUGGCUGAAUUUCGCAUCCGCAACUUGAGCCGGACAGAUGCAGGGAACUACAGCUGCCAAUGUGGCGCCCGGGGGGACCCAAACAUCUGGUCAGAGCCCAGCAACCCUGUGGAGCUGGUGGUGGCAGGGGGAACCAACAUGACUCAGCUGAGAACAGCGCCGCCGUUGACCCACCCAGGCAGCAUGGAGCCAGGCACCAGGCCUGGGGACAGGAGAUCCACAUCGCCACCCCGAGCAACAGGUGGGUGUGAACUGAAUUGGAGUGGCCCCAUCAUCACUGGAAUGAUCGCGGGGAGCCCUGGAUUCCUCCUUCUCCUCCUCCUCCUGGCCUUCAUCUGCUACAGACGCACUCGAGCUAGUGAGUGCCCCAGCGAGCGAAGGGUGAAACCUGCUGCUCAGCAAGGGAAGGAACCAGCUGCGAGACAGAGCAGGGAAUCUGAGGCUGAAGACACAGUGUACGUCCUCAUGGGCCAGCGGAAGCAGCAGGAUGUCCUGCCCCAGGAGCCCGACCCUGAUUCUGAGAGACUCACCUAUGCUGAUCUGGACUCCCAGGAGCUGCAGAUAAA